AUGAGAAAGACGGUAUCAAUAUUAUUACAACAACAUCGUUUAAAAAAUCAUUUGCAUGGAGGCAAUAGUCGUAUAAGAUUCAAGUUGAAAGAGGAUAUGGAGUGGGUUAAGGAGGCUAAUUAUCAUUCUCUCUUCCGACAAUGCAAAUCCUUGACACACACCAAACUGCUCCAUUCUCACAUCAUUCUAACAGGUUUUAAGCUUCCGGUUUCUACAGAGAGUCUUCUGGUAUCCCUAUAUGCCAAAUGGGAUUCCUUGGAUGAUGCACGUCGUGUGUUUGACAAAAUGCCUAAACGAACUGUUGUGUCAUGGACGGUAAUAAUAUCUGGGUAUGUUCGGCAAGGAAUGAGUAAGGAGGCUUUGGUGUUCUUUAACAGAAUGCGACUAGAGGGAAUGCAACCCAACGAGUUUACCUUCGCUACUGUGCUCCCAGCGUGCGCGCACCUAGGAUUCCUGCAAUACGGAAAGCGGCUUCAUCAGGAUGUAGUUAGAUGUGGGUUUGCGUCUGAUGUGUUUGUGACUAGUGCUCUUGUCGACAUGUAUUGCAAAUGUGGAAACAUGAAGAAUGCACGCCUUGUGUUUGACCAAAUGCCUCAACGAAAUGUAGUCUCAUGGAAUGCCUUAAUUGGGGGAUGUCUGUACAAUGGAUAUGUAGAUGAAGCUCUUAGGAUGUUUCGGGAUAUGCCGGAGCAUAAUGUGGUUUCAUGGAGUGCAAUUAUUGGGGGAUAUGUGCAGCAUGGGUUUUUUGAGAAAGCUCUGGAGAUGUUCCGAGAAAUGCAAGCAACAGGACUUAAGGCCAAUCCUGUGACCUUUGCCUCUCUUCUUCCUGCUUGCGCCAACUUAGCUGCUCUUAAUCAAGGCAAGGAAGUUCAUCAAGAGAUAAUUCGGAGCGGAUUUCAGCGUAAUGCCUUUGUAGAAAGUGCUCUUGUGGACAUGUAUGCCAAAUGUGGGAGUUUGGAGGAGGGGUACAAAGUAUUCAAGAAAAUUCAUAAACAGGAGCUAGUUUCAUGGAAUGCUAUGAUUUUUGGAUAUGCCAUGCACGGGUGUGUGGAGGAUGCUCUUAAAUUCUUCAAUCAAAUGCUGCAGUCAGGCACAAAACCAGACAGCAUUACCUUCAUUGCUGUUCUCUCUGCAUGUUGUCACGUUGGCCUUGUACAUGAUGGGUGGAAAUAUUUUCAUAGCAUGAACCAAACCUACCAGAUUACGCCUGGACUAGAGCACUAUAGCUGCAUGGUUGACAUUCUCGGCCGCGCUGGACACCUAGAUGAGGCACACGAGUUGAUACUCAAAGUGCCAGGUAAACCUGAUCCUACUCUGUGGGUUUCUUUGCUUGGUGCCUGUAGACUCCAUGCCAAUGUGGAGUUAGGGGAAUGUAUUGCCAAACAUCUAUUUGAGAUGGAUCCUGCACAUUCUGCUCAUUAUGUACUGCUAUCAAAUAUAUAUGCUGUAGCUGGAAGAUGGGAAGACAGAGAAAAUGUGAGGAAAUUGAUGAAAACGAAGAGCAUUAAAAGAAUGACAGGCUGCAGCUGGAUUGAAGUCAAUAAUAAAGUUCAUACUUUCAGAGCAGGGAAUGGCAAAGCUUAG